AUGAUUCAUACUGAUAAAAUACAAGUGGUACAUUAUACAUCUCGUAAAAAAACUAAUAUUUCACUCUUUUUAUAUUUAUGUCCAUAUCGAUUAGAUACAAAUGACGCUGGCUUUGAGCGAAUCAUAUUUACUAUUCAUCCAUAUGGUUUGCCAAAUGAAAUUCCGGGUAAAUGUUCCAAUUCAAAUUACGGUCUUCGAAUGGCUGUUAGUCAAAUGAAUGUUGCUGACGAUGAUAUGGGAAACAUUCUUGUGACAACAUGUGAUGCUGAUUCAAAAUUUUCAACAGAUUAUAUUGCAGCAUUGACUUGGAAAUAUCUAACAGAGAAUCAACCAGCAUUAACUACAAUCUAUCAAUCACCUUUAUUUUACAAUUGGAAAUUGGAUAGCUUGUCAUUUGUCACUCGUGUCACGGGACUUCUACGAAGUUUAUUGAUGCUUGGCGCUCUCAUUCCAUUUAAUAUCAAUACGAUGAGUAUUUUUUCGUAUUCACUCAGUCUAGCAAAAAAAGGCAAUUUUAUUCAUCCGAGAUAUCAAAUGGACGACAUAAUUUGUCUCAUUCGAUGGAUGGGUGUAACGCAGCAACGUCUUCGAAUUUCGAUGAUUCCUGUACCAGUUGUCAGCGGACCGACAUCAGGUGAAACAAUUGAAAUUGAAAUCAUGGAAUGGGCAAGACAAGCACGUCGUUGGACAAUUGGAGCUGCAGAAUUACGUUGUGAAUUACAUGUAAUAUUUAAUGAAGAAAUCAUUUGA